AUGGCUAUAAUGUAUAUACUUGAAAAAGAAUUCGACAGUAUUGAUAAAAAUUCUGAUGGAUUUCUAAGUAGAGCUGAAAUUAUUAGCUGUUUGGAAAGUUUUGGUUUUCCUAAAAGUAAAGCUGAAGAAGUUAUCAAACUGUAUGAUGAAAAUAAAGAUGGGAAAAUAUCUAAAAAUGAAUUCAUGAAAGCUACAAAUAAGAAACUUUCACAAUCUGAUGUAUCAUGUGCUGCAUUAAGAAAAAUAUUUCGUGAAAUGGAUCGAAAUAAAGAUGGAACUAUUUCAAAAGAAGAAAUAAAAAAUUACAUGAAAAAUGAUUGUAAUUUUAUAUUCCCUAUACAAGUUGAACAAUGGGUUGAUAAAUAUGAUAAAAAUAAAGAUGAAAGAUUAAAUUAUGAGGAAUUCAUUGGAUUUGUUUCAGAAUAUUUGUAA